CCAUUUCUUUGCCAUCAACUGUGACCACCACUCCUCGGAUCGCACGAUUCUUCUUCUCCCCGCAGACACCGCCUACUACUCGCACCUGACGUCACCAACAAGAUGCCCACCACCCGCAGAUCGUCUCGGCCCGCCGUGGGCGCAGGCAAGCAGUCGACGCUCAGCUUCAAGCACAAAGUCACCAAGGCCAUCAAGACCGGCAAGGAAGGCUACAAAUCGCCAUCUCGCGCAAAAGAAUACAUCCCCGCACCCUCGCCCGAACCAGCCACCACCGACGAGAAGCCAGCCCCCUCCCCCUCCUCCUCCGACGACAGCCGACUCAAACAGAUCGAGCAGCAGCAGCUGAAGCAGCAGCAGCCGCCGACAGCGGCGGCGGCAGACGAGGAGACCGAUCCGGACCGCCGCGCCGCCGCGCAGGUCACGGAUGCGGCGAUUGAGCGGUACUGGGCGGGCAUCGAGGCCGGGCGCCGCGCGCGCGCGGUGCACCGGAAGCACGCCGAGGGCCUGAGCACGGGCGAGAAGGUGCUGCGGUACUUUGACGUGAGCUCGCAGUACGGGCCCUGCAUCGGUAUUUCCAGGAUCAAGCGGUGGCAGCGGGCGCAGAGGCUCGGGCUGAAGCCGCCGAUUGAGGUGCUGGCGGUGCUGUUGAAGGAGGAGGCGCAGGGGAAUGCGGGCAUCCAGAGGGCCCAUAUGGACGAGCUUCUGAACUCGACUGCGGUGGGCUCCGUUGGGGUCUGAUGCGUUUCGCGUCGGGCGGGUUCGGUGCUACGCUUUGCUCUGCGGGUUUGCUCUGGCGGUGGUCGUUUUCGGGGUGGCGGCGUCUUGGAGUUAUUCGGAUGGGGAGGCAUUUGCUGAGAGGUCACUGUUGCUUAUCAAAGACUGGUCUGGCUGUGUCUGUGUUUGCUUAAGACCUCCGAGGUAGCGAAUCGGUUUUGCUGUGGA